AUCGAAUGAAGUUCAGUUUGAAAAAAUACAAAUGGCUGAUUUGCUUCUAGAAUACAUAGUAUCGUGUGAAAAGUUAUCUGAUUAAUAUUUCUAAAUAAAAUCGCAAUUGUGCUGUUUAUUCAAUAUACGAAAGCGACAGAUAAGAGACAUACAUAUAUUACCACUCGAUAAAAGUGAAAAAGGUUUACAUUAUUAGUGAGUUUCGUUCCUUCUAUACCAGUGCGUAUAAAGGUUUUUGUUCAAAUCAAUUUUCAUAAAGGCAAAAGACUGUUGUUGAUUUAUUUCGUUUUGACAUUAUUAUAACAAAUUGAAAGCUUAUUCAUAUUCAAAAGUCCCAACGAAUUGACUUAGUGUGAUUCGAUCGAUUGUGAAGUUAGUAACACCUUCGUUUCAAAUAAAUAAUUAUUAAAAAAGAAAAUACAUCAGUGACAAUGAAGUCCAUUUUAAUCGCCGUUUUGGUUAUCGUUGCCGUGACCAGCAGCAAUGCUAAACUUCAAUGUGACGUUAGCACGGCAUACGUGCCAACCGAAUGGUUGGACAUGACCGGGGGCUGUAUCGGCGAAAUGCGUCGACAAAUCCAGGCUGAGAUCAAUGCUUCGAUCAAGUACUUAGCCAUGGGAGCCUAUUUCGCUCAGGACACUGUCAAUCGUCCCGGAUUCGCCGACUUUUUCUUCAAAUCUGCUAGCGAAGAACGUGAACAUGCUACUAAGUUGAUUGAAUAUUUGCUCAUGAGAACUCAAUUGUCGUCGGUUGGAGACUUGAUCAAAGUGAACGCACCGGAAACAACAUCCUGGAAACAAGGUCUCGAUGCUCUAGAAGAUGCACUCAAAACCGAAGCUGCCGUAACAAAGAGCAUCAAGCAAGUGAUUCAGAAAUGUGAAGACGAUGACAAGAACAACGACUAUCAUUUGGUUGAUUAUCUCACUGGCGAAUUCUUGGAAGAGCAAUAUCGAGGUCAACGCGAUUUGGCCGGAAAGAUUUCCACUUUGAAGAAGAUGAUGAAAUCGAACACGAACGGACAACUUGGAGAAUUUUUGUUCGACAAACAACUGCAUUAAGGACGUUUGUAGUUCGUGUACUUUUUUGUUUUUUUCUUUUUCGAACAAAAUAAAUGAUUUUUUCUUUGGCAUAAAAAUUUGAACAAAAAAUAAUAAUCGUACAGAGCCAUUUAUAUAUAUAUCAAUAAAACUAUUAAUUUGCUGCGCAUCAUUUCUGAUAGUCAGUCUAAUUUUACAGAGAUUUUUUUUUUCGUUAAAUUUUGUAAUAAUUUUCGUUUUUUUUACAUUCUAAGAAUCAACUGCAACCGCUCCAAAUAUUUCGCAAUUAAUUUCGGUGUGAUGCAUCGUUUAAAAAUUGAAUGCGAAAUAAUUGGGCGAGUUGUUUUAAAUGAAAUAAUAAUAAAGUAGAAAGAUCGGGUAGUGGAUGACUGUGAUUGUUUAAACAAAAACAAAAUAGAUUUACACUUUUUCAGAACAAAUUUUGAUUAUUUUUUAAUUGAAUGAGAGCCGAGAUACUAGAUUGUCUCUAAAAAUUAAUAGUGAACAAAAAACAAACAAAAUUGUGUGUUGAUUCUUUUAACUAUUUACAUUGAAAUAAAAUAAAAAUUGGUUAAAUAAA